AUGACAAUAGACCAAGAUUUGAAAAAAGCUUAUAAUUUACUAUAUGAAAAGAAAGAUACUUUGAGUGCUUUAAAACUUUAUCAAUCAGUAUUAGAUCAAAAUAAUGAAAACGUUAUCGCAUUAGUUUACAAAGCUGCCGCAUUAGAAAAAUUAUAUUAUGGUAAUCCUGAUUGGCAUAAUGACCAGACUUUAGAAAAUUCCAAAGCUGCAUUAGAUUUUGCUUUAAAAUUCUCAAAAAUUAGAGGUAAGAGAGGUUUAAUUGGUUUAGUUUAUUUUAGAUAUUUUGUUCAUUAUUUCAAUGAUAAAGAUUAUCUUAUGGCUGAUACAUACAUGACAUUAUGUACAGAGUUCGAUUAUAAAACAGAUACAUUGGAAAUGUGGCAAACUCAAUUGACUUCCAAAUUAACCAAAUUGGCUAAGAAGAAGGGUAUCACUAUCGAAGAAUUAAGAAUUCAAAAUUCAACCAUAAUUGAACCAAUUACCAAUCCAUUGUCGAAAACUGAUAAUAAGACUCCUACUCCAACGAAAACACUAGAAGUUCCAAAUCCAGAACCUUUACCGUUACCUCAAGAUAAAGUUGUCCCAACACCAACAAAUACUGCCCCAUCUACCACUUCUAACAUAUCUGCUCCAAUUCCCUCUUUACAAAUCCAACCUUCACAAUCUAAAUUAAGAACUGAUUGGUAUCAAUCUCAAAGUAAUGUAACUCUCUCCAUUUUUACUAGUAAUUUACCAGACUCUAAAGAUGAUAUCAAAUGGGAAAUUAAUGCUAAAAAUAAAAUGUCUUUACAAAUCAGUUAUACUAUUCCAGAAACUGGAUCUGAGUUCCAAUAUUCUAUCAAAUUAGCUCAUGAAAUUAUACCUGACCAAACAAAUAUCCAUUUAACAAAUAAGAAAAUCGAACUUACUUUUAAAAAGCAAGAUUCAAAAAAAUGGAAAACUUUGGAAAGAGAUGAAAGCAUUGAUGAGGCUGCCAUAUCUACAUCUAAUAUAGGAGCAAUUACAACUACGGAAACGAAACCUAAUAUAUCCUAUCCUUCUUCUUCAAAAAAGGGCAUUGAUUGGUCUAAAGUUAAUGUGGAUGAUGCUGACGGAGACUUCAAUGAAGAUGAGGGUUCUGCUGAUGCAUUUUUCCAAAAACUAUAUGCUGAUGCAGACCCUGAUGUUAAACGUGCUAUGAUGAAAUCGUUUGUUGAAAGUAAUGGUACUACAUUGAAUACUAAUUGGGAUGAGGUUAAAAAAGGUAAAGUCGAAACACAUCCUCCUGAAGGUAUGGUCGCUAAGGAAUGGUAA